AUGCUUGAGCAGGGAUUGAUCAGAGAAAGUAAUUCACCCUACAAUAGUCCCACUUGGGUUGUACCAAAGAAAUCCGACGCUUCGGGAAAAGCAAAAUACAGAGUAGUCAUUGAUUACAGGAAGCUGAAUGAAAUAACCAUUCCCGAUAGAUUUCCUAUUCCCAACAUGGACGAAAUACUUGGAAAACUGGGAAAAUGCCAGUACUUCACAACAAUUGAUUUAGCUAGGGGUUUUCAUCAGAUAGAAAUGGAUUCAGAAUCCAUACAGAAAACUGCAUUUUCAACCAAACGUGGUCAUUACGAAUACGUUCGCAUGCCAUUUGGCCUGAGAAAUGCACCCGCCACAUUCCAGAGUGAACUGUAUACCACCCUAAAAAAUCAUGUAAUAACACAAUUCGCGGACUCGGAGCAAAAACGUGUAAAAAAUCUACUGCAGGAACAAGAGCUUAGUGAUAUGCGUCCAUCACCGCUCUUGCGCGAAAUGCGAAGUCUAGCCGGUAGCGAGGUCAACGAUAAUAUACUAAAGUCAAUUUGGAUGAGUCGGUUACCUUCCAACAUGCGACUAAUAAUUUCCAUUAGCAACGAAUCGCUCGACAAAGUUGCUCUGCUCGCAGAAAAAAUAUGUGAGGUUAGUGACACCCCACACGUACACGUGGUCGAAACUCCAGAUACAGCAACACGCAAUCAAUCCAGCAUCGAGCAGCAGCUAGCCGAAAUCACGAAAGAGAUAGCAUUAAUAAAGGCGAACAUAAAUCGUCGGCCUAGAAGUCGCAGCAGAAGCCGUCCUCCGUCACGUUCCGGUAUGCAAAACAACAAUUCGAAUGGUUUGUGCUGGUACCAUCACAAAUUUGGUAACGAUGCCAAAAAAUGUCGUAGUCCUUGCGUGAAAAAGUUAAACUAA